UGUAUGUUUCGGUACAUUUAUAUAAUUAGUGGAAUCAUCAUCAAUACUAUAAGAGAGUGAGAAACUCAAAUCUUUAUUUAUUAUUCUCAAUCCAAAACUCCUUUCUCAUUGGCUUCUAGGAUUUCCACUUUUCAGUUUGACUUGUUUUACUUAUCUAAUUUCUUCAGUUGGCCUAGCUUAGCUAGCUAGUGGACCACCAAAUCACCAAUUUCUCAGACACCAUCGGCAGAGGUUCAUUUUUGAAUAUGAAGUUCUUUAAUUGGAUGAAUAACAAGUUCAAUGGGGGACAAGAAACCAAGAAGUCUAAUGCAGUUCCAAUUUCCACAAAUUAUAGAAAUGAAGAGUUCAAAGAUUGGCCAGACUCAUUGUUGGCAAUUGGAACUUUUGGCAAUAGGAGCAGUAAUCUUAAAGAAAGUACACAACCAGAACACAACAUAUCACACCUUAAAAACAUCGAAGACGAUGAUGAACAAAGUUCUUCAUCUCCAGAUUUAGCAGAAUUCACACCUGAAGAAGUUGGAAAGUUACAAAAAGAGUUAACAAAAUUACUAUCCCAAAAAACGCAAGCUGUUGUUAAAUCUGAAUUAGUCGAGAUCCAAAACGAUGAUACAAUUCUUCCAUUGGACAGAUUUCUUAAUUGUCCAUCAAGUUUGGAAGUUGAUCGCAGGAUUAAUUCCAACAGAUUUAGCAGUGCUAAUUGCUCAGAUAAUUUCGAUUACAACGAGGAAGAAAUGGACAGAACAAUAAGAGUGAUCAUAGGUAGAUGCAAAGAUGUCUGUAGUAAACAGAAACAAAAGAAAUCAAUUGGGAAGAAAUCAAUAUCUUUCCUUGUCAAGAAAAUGUUCGUUUGUACAAGUGGUGGUUUUGGUCCAGCUCAUAGUUUACGAGACACAUUUACUGAAUCAAGAAUGGAGAAGCUUUUGAAAACAAUUCUUUCCAAGAAAAUACAUCCCCAAAAUGCCCCUCGAACAUCAACAAAGAGAUAUUUAGAGGACAAGCAUCCACAAAAAGUAGAGAAAGAGGAAAAGAAAAGGGAGAAAACUUGUGAUGAUGGAUCUAAAUGGGUGAAAACAGAUUCUGAUUUUAUUGUCUUGGAAAUGUAGAUAGCGUACGCCUCUCAGCAAGCCGUUCCAUUUUAGGAAAUGUCGACGUUUUUGGGUCAAAGUUACUUGUUAUUUUUCACCUCAAAAUGUUCAUGUACUAUAUAUUCCAUGAGUAACUUCGUCAUCUAUUAGACUUUUGUUCUAUUAUUAUCCACGUCGUUAGGAAAAAGUCUCUGUUUUUUACUUGAACCUUAACAACAGGGUGAACACGAGUCUUUUCCUAGCUAAUGGAGGAAUAAUACGGCAAAUUAGAACAAGGGCAAAUUUGAACAUUUUUCCAACUUAUUAUUUUCAUCAAGGCAAACCUUUAUUGGGUGAGUUCAAUGGGAAUCAUGGCCAUCCAAUAUUGUACAAAGAUAACUUUUAUCUUUCUAGUCUACCUAGAAGGGUUACUGUCCCUUUUUUCAUGGUCGUAUUUAUUAAUGGAUGCAACACAUGUUGUGUAAUGUGUUUUUUAAA